CAGUUUGUUUGUCUAUUCACUAGUUCCCUCAUCGAGUCAUCCUGUCGGUUUCCCUAGAUAACCAACCCCCCAACCCAGCCUCCAACAUCAGACUGUUGCUCUUUCCAUCUUCCAACGUCACCAACGAACUUUGAUCGCCAACAGCAAAGCUGACCAACAGGUCCCAACCGAACGCACUCUAGUGUCUGCCUCCGUCCUCGACUAUCAUCACCACCACUGUACGACGACGACCUCCGGUCUAUUGGGUUCCGUAUACAGACACACUCUUCCCAAAGCACAGUGCUGCAAACGCCUUCGCUCUCGACUUAAGAUGGGCCUCUUCGGAAUGGCGGCGAGUUAUCUUGCUUUUUCUGUCCUACACUUCUUCCAGUUCGUCUUGGCCGUCACCGUCUGUGGCCUCUAUGCAGUCGACCUCAACAACGCUAGAAGCCAUGGGGACUAUGCCGACGGGAAAUGGGUUUUUGCGGUGGUAGUCGGCGCCCUCUCCGCCGUCACGGCCCUCCUUUACUUCAUCCCUUUUGUUCUGCGCUUCGCCAUUGUUUGGGUUUGGGAUGCCAUUCUAUUCAUUCUGUGGAUCGCCGUCUUUGGUCUCUUUGGUAGUAUGUACAUCAAGGAGAAUGCCGAGGGCGACAGUGGGAUCCAGCGGAUGAAGAAUGCUGUUUGGGUUGAUUUGGCCAACGCUCUACUCUGGCUUAUUAGUGCUUUGGCCACAGCCGCUUACUGGUGGAGACAUCGCGAGCGCCGCACUCGCUUCACCGGCCGUGGAAAGGUCUAAAGCAAAGUCUCGCAGGUGUUUCGGACGAAAACAGCAACUUCUUCUAUAUCUUCCAUACAGACACGACCUUCCCUCCAAACGCACUCAAAGAGCAGUUCUGUACCGUUUUAUGUCGUCACGAAGGCCGGUGUUGGGAGGAUUUCUUUUUUUGCGAAAAUGAUACCAGAACCUCGGCAAGGUUCAGCACGCCUUCUUGGUUUAACCACACUUCCGAUCAUGUAAACACUCUUCAGCCUAUCCCAAUUUUUCUAACCACGCU